AUGUCGUCUAAAUCCACCACAGGGCGGGCCGCUGCACCAAACGAUCAGAGGCCUGCGAAGCAAUCGGGAGCGAAGAACGCCUACCUCCUUGCUUACAAUGCCGUAUCUGCCGCGCUAUGGGCAGGCGUUCUUUACCAGACCGCCACCAUCGGAGUCAAUGAAGUAUUGAAUGCACACAAGGCGGUUGCGUUCUUCGGCAACGGUGACUGGCCCACUGCGAUACAGAGAGGACUAUCGAGUGCAAAAGUAUACGACAACCUCGAAUACUACACAAGGACUGUGCAGAGCCUGGCAGGACUCGAGGUACUUCAUAGUUUGGUUGGCAUCGUCAGAGCACCUCUCUUGACUACACUCAUGCAGGUUGCUUCACGCUUCUUGCUCGUCCACCUCAUUGCCUCGCCCUACGCUUUCCCUUUCUCAACGCGCCAUUCGCCAGCCUAUACCACCAUGUUGCUCGCAUGGUCUAUCACAGAAGUCAUCCGUUACUCGUACUUUGUCUUCUCUCUAGCGGGGGCAGGAGUACCGAAGCUCUGGACAUGGCUGAGAUACAACACCUUCCUCGUGCUCUACCCGCUAGGCAUCUCGUCCGAAUGCUGGUUGGUGUACCAGGCCAUCCCGCUCGCAAGCCAGAGGAAUGAAUUGUUUGGGUACGCGCUUUGGGCUAUCCUGGCCAUCUAUGUGCCCGGAUCGUACAUCUUGUUCUCCCACAUGUUGGCGCAGAGGAGGAAGAUUGCUAGGCAGAGCAGGAAGGCGUGA